ACAAAUUGCCGCGGAAAGGCCGCAGCAAGAGGAGUAAUCGAGAAGAGCGCGCACCGGCCAAACGAAUGCAGAGACCGCUUUCCCUAAUUAGAGGCGACAACCGAGAGGCAUGAGCUGGGGAAGACUGGUUCUGAUCCCCAACACCGUGGAAAAGGAAGAGGAAGCCGAUCGGGAGAGCUAGAGAAAGAGGGAACCGAAGAUCAAUUUCUUGGGAAUUCGAGUGUUUCUGACCUAAAAUUUGGAUCUGGAUCGAAAAAAUUGUUCCUUGUUGGGAUGGAAAUGUCCCAACUGAAGCGGCUAUACACGGUUUGGAAAGGAAACAAUAGAUUCUUCUGUGGUGGGAGGUUGAUAUUUGGUCCAGAUGUUGCUUCACUUUUUCUGACUAUGUUUCUAGUCGCUGCUCCAUCAAUUGCAUUUUGCUUGCAAGCAGUUGUUAAAAUACAUAAACAUGAAGAGAUUGACAGCAACCACCAUAAUCAAAUACUUGGGUUUCCAGUAUUGAUCAUUGCAAUUCUGGUCACAGUAGCAGAUUUGUGUUUUCUUGUAAUGACUUCUAGCAGAGAUCCAGGAAUAAUACCAAGGAAUCCUAGAGCACCUGAUUCUGCAGCGUUUGAUUUUACCCCUCGCUCGAUGGAAUGGGUCAGUCAAGCAACUCCAAACAUCAGGUUACCGCGUACGAAAGAUGUUAAUGUCAACGGUUUCAAUGUAAGAGUUAAGUUUUGUGACACAUGUUUAUUCUAUCGCCCGCCCCGUGCUUCUCAUUGCUCGGUCUGCAACAAUUGCGUUCAAAAGUUUGAUCACCAUUGUCCAUGGGUUGGUCAGUGCAUUGGUGUACGCAACUAUCGGUCCUUCUUCUUGUUCAUCUCAUCGUCAACCUUUCUAUGUAUAUAUGUCUUCACUUUCUCAUGGUUAAACAUACUCGGAGAACGAAAAAAUUAUGAGAAUUCUAUCUGGAGGUCUAUGAGAGGCGAGAUUGUAUCGCUUAUUCUCAUCAUUUAUACCUUCUUAUCGGUUUGGUUCGUAGGUGGUUUGACAGCAUUCCAUCUCUACUUACUCAGCACCAAUCAGACAACAUACGAGAACUUCCGUUAUCGCUAUGAUAAGAAGGAGAAUCCAUAUAACAAGAGCUUGUUUGGAAAUGUUAAAGAUGUCUUCUUCUCAAAGAUUCCUCCUUCCUUGAAUGACUUCCGGGCAUGGGUACUCCAGGAUGCAAUUCGCGAUUCUGCUUCUCCAGAUGGUUUGCUAGAAAUUGUUGGCAUAAAGGAGAAAGUUGACUUAGAGAUGGGCAAUACCAAUGAAUUUGAUGGCAUAAAGCCCAUUCCGAGCAUAUUGCAAAACUCGGAUUACACUGCAAUUGAGGACAAUUAUCUGCAGAAAGGAAAACUCAAAGAUGAUUCGUCAUAUCGAUUAGCUUUUCCUGGUAAUCAGGAACCUAUAGAAGAAGAACCUGUUUACACCAAGCAAAGCUGCACAAAAGCGGAUGGAUUGACUAUGGAUGAAAGGAUUGAUGAAGAAAGUAGAUCACAUGAGAGUCCAUGUCAUCCUGAUCAUGGCGAUGGUCGCUUCCUAAGGAAAUAAGGAAUACUUGCUUAGCUUUUUGGAAGUUAGAGUGUGACCACUACGUAUUGAAGAGAGUCAUUGCUCAUAUUUUUUGCUCAACAAGAAACGUUCGUCAUUCAGUAUUUUCCAUGUUCAGUCUCCUUCUGAUUGUAUUUUUAUACGGCUCAACAAAGGAAGAAUGUACUUUGGUGUUCUGAAGCCUGAGAGUAAUUUGGUUCUGAAGUAGUGAAGGGCUUUUAGUUUUGAGCAAAGUGGAAGAAUUUUUUUUAUACUGUUAUUUUUAUCAUUUAUUUCUACUGUACAUAAGCUGAAACUUUGUUUUUGUUGCACCAUUGAUAAGAAUCAAAUUGCGUUUUAUUC